GCAUUUUGUCUGUUUGAAUAUCAACAUUAACUAAAGAAAAAAAACGAAUUCGCUCAUACAGUAUUAUAUUUACACAACAUGAAUAAAGCAAUUAUAAUUUCUGUAUUGGUGGUAUUUUUUUGGUUACCGUAUUUCACGAGAAGUGAAACAGCCCCAAUUUCAGUCGACAAAUUAUAUUAUGGACAGAGAAAAUUUUGUGUCGGCCUCCUCCGUGCUUUUCAAAAGGUCCAACCAAACGAAACCUUAUUUUUUUCACCACACAGCAUCUUUCGAGCCUUGCUAUUGAAAUAUUUAAUAGCUGAAGGCGAUGUAGAGAAAUUAUUAAAGAAAACCUUACAAUUGGAUUGGGCCAAAAGCAAAGCCGAUGUUAGCCAUGCGUAUAAAUUGGAAAAAUUAGCACGAGCCAAUUGUCGUGAAAACCAAACUGUAGAAUUCAAUUCGGUUGAUAAAUUGUACUUUUCAAAUCAAGUCAAACUAAAUGAUACUCUAAAGGAAAUGUUAAUCGACAGUAUUGAAGUAUUAAACUUUGAAUCUAAACCAGAAGAGGCCCGUUGCCACAUCAAUAAAUUUGUGGAAGAGACAACAAAAGGCAUCAUCAAAGAUUUAUUGCCACCCGAAUACAUAACCCAUGAUACAAUUUCUGUUCUGGUCAAUGCAGCUUUCUUCAAAGGUGACUGGGCCUCGCCAUUCAAAAAAGAAGCUACAAAAAAGAAUUUUUUUUACAAGAACAUUCAUACGCCAGUUUAUGUUGAGAUGAUGGAACAAAUAGGAUUUUUCAACUACGGUGUCAUCCAUGAACUUAAUACACAAUUCGUGGAAAUUCCUUACUCAGGAGAGAAUAAUUCUGUUUCUAUGUACUUUUUCUUACCCAAUGCUAUUGAUGAGUUCUUGGAGAAUGUAACAUCUGAAAUGCUAGAUCAAGUAUUUGUCGACGGUGAAUCACAGCAUAACACGAGGUGGGUUUACAUUGAACUCCCAAAAAUUGCACUCAAACAAAAAAUUAAACUUAUGCCGGUAUUCACACAUAUUGGCCUAGAAGUACUUAUUGGUAAAAGUGAUGCAAUCCAUCAAGCUAAUAUCGAUAUCGAUGAAGGGGGGACUGUGGCUGCAGCAGCAUCAUCUAUCUAUGGACUUAAAGUGAUGCGGAUUGAAAAUUUUUUUAUCUGCAAUCGGCCAUUCAUGUUCCUUAUUCACGAUAAAAAAUCCAAAGAAGUUCUCUUUGCUGGAGUUUACCGAGGACCAAUAAAUAAUAUUAACUCAAAUGUUUGUCAAUCACAUGCCGAAUAUACUUUUAAUUUUUCUUUUUAAAUGUUUUAUAGACUUAAAAGUAACUCAAGACCGCCACAGCUAACGUUGUAAUUUACAGAAUCACUUUAAGCAAUAAACGCAAUACAUUCGAGUUUUUCGAUAAUAUCAAAUCACAUAAUCCUAAUGCUGAGCAUCAAUUGAAAUUUUUACCUACAUC